CGUACAUGGGCGUGGCCAGGCUGCCCUAGGCCGGCGGGAGCUUGUGGCUCCCGGGGCGGAAGGUCACGGCGCGGGACCGGUCCGGGGGGAUUGGGCGGGGAGGAGGCUCGGAGCUCACGCGUGCAGGCACGGCCCGAGAUGCCGACUCGGAGGCCACAUGUCCUGACCGCCCCCAGGCUGCACAUAGACAGCGCAGUGACGGAACUGGAAGCCGUGUGUUUUUCCACUCCACGUCGGUGCCAAGUGGAGUUGCCGGAACGACAGAGAGAGAAGAGCUGUGUCUUCCCAUCAACAGGCACUGGAGUGGCCAGGCGUUUGGAACUGGUGUAGAAAGGGAGCAAAGGGUGAUGUCCAGGUCCCAGUUGCUGAUGGCUGGCAGAUGGCUGGAUCCCCACUGGGCACCUCGCUUGCUCUGUGCAUCUCUGAUGCUGGAGACAGCGUCCGGGGUCAGAAACCCAUCCACAAGAGCCCACGUUAGCAUCCAGCUUCCAGCCCCAGGUGUCAACCAGAUUCCUAUGGCCGACUGUCGUGCUGUGUGUGGUCUGAACAUUUCUGACCGCUGUGACUUCAUCCGGAUGAAUCCCGACUGCCGCAGUGAUGGGGGCUACCUGGACUACCUGGAAGGCAUCUUCUGCCACUUCCCUCCGAAUCUCCUCCCUCUGGCUAUCACCCUCUAUGUUUUCUGGCUACUUUACCUCUUUCUGAUUCUUGGAGUCACCGCAGCAAAGUUCUUCUGCCCUAAUUUGUCAGCCAUCUCCACCAGCCUCAAGCUCUCCCACAACGUGGCAGGUGUCACUUUCCUGGCCUUUGGGAAUGGUGCCCCAGAUAUUUUCAGCGCCCUGGUGGCUUUCUCAGACCCACGCACUGCUGGCCUGGCCAUUGGGGCUCUGUUUGGCGCCGGUGUUCUGGUCACCACUGUGGUGGCUGGAGGCAUCACCAUCCUGCGCCCCUUUGUGGCAGCCUCCAGGCCCUUCCUGAGGGACAUCACAUUCUACAUGGUGGCUGUGUUCCUGACCUUCACUGCACUCUACCUCGGCAGGGUCACGCUGGCAUGGGCCCUGGGUUACCUGGGCCUGUAUGUGUUCUAUGUGGCCACAGUGAUCCUCUGCACCUGGAUCUACCAAUGGCAGAGGAACAGGUCUCGGGUCUACUCUAUGCCUGGAACACCAGAGGUGACCACUGUUCAGCACUGUUCCAGAGGGUUCUGGGCUGUCACUGGGAGUGUUAGCCACCCCCACCCCCCUCCACUGCUUCCCUCAGAGAUGUUGUCGGAUUCAGAAGAGGAUCAGGUGUCUUCCAAUACCAACAGUUAUGACUAUGGGGAUGAGUACCGACCACUGUUUUCGGGCCAGGAGACCACUGCUCAGAUCCUGGUCCGGGCCCUGAACCCCCUGGAUUACAGGAAGUGGAGAACCCAACCAGUGUCCUUGAGACUCCUGAAGGUGGCCAAGCUGCCUGUGGAGUUUCUGCUGCUGCUCACAGUGCCCGUUGUGGACCCGGACCAGGAGGAUGGGAACUGGAAGCGGCCACUCAACUGUCUGCAGCUGGUCAUUAGCCCCCUGGUCCUAGUCCUCACCCUGCAGUCAGGGACCUAUGGUGUCUAUGAGAUCGGCGGCCUCCUUCCCGUCUGGGCUGUGGUAGUGAUCGUGGGCACAGCCCUGGCCUCGGUGACCUUUUUUGCCACUUCCAAUAGACAGCCUCCUAGACUUCAUUGGAUCUUUGCUUUCUUGGGCUUCCUGACCAGUGCACUGUGGAUCAAUGCAGCUGCUACUGAGGUGGUGAACAUCUUGCGGUCGCUGGGUGUGAUCUUCCGGCUGAGCAACACUGUCUUAGGACUCACAUUGCUGGCCUGGGGGAACAGUAUUGGAGAUGCGUUCUCGGAUUUCACCAUGGCCCGCCAGGGCUACCCUCGGAUGGCAUUUUCAGCCUGCUUCGGUGGUAUCAUCUUCAAUGUCCUGGUGGGUAUAGGGCUGGGCUGCUUGCUGCAGAUCGUCAGAAGCCAGGAGGCAGAGGUGAAGCUGGAGCCAGAUGGACUGCUGGUGUGGGUGCUGGCCGGUGCCCUGGGACUCAGCCUCAUCAUCUCACUGGUCUCCGUCCCUCUGCAAUGCUUCCAGCUCAGCAAAACCUACGGCUUCUGCCUGCUUGUCUUCUACCUCAGCUUCCUCCUCGUGGUCCUGCUCACAGAAUUUGGAGUGAUUCACUUGAAAAGUGUCUGACUGAAGCCACUUUGCCCAGUUCCACAGCCUCCCGAGGGGAGAACUGGAGGGGGCAUGUUCUGUAGUCCCCACAUAGCUCCUGUGAGGGGGCUUUCUGGAUCACAAGGUCCUGACUGCUAGCACCCAACAGCCUUAGUGCAGAGACUGUUUACUGGGGACAGUUCCAGGUGGAAGCAACUGGACUUCAAUGAUUGUAGCCCCUGAGGAGAACAGCCUGCCGGCGCCCUUUACUGGGCCCCUUCCUGGGCUUUGGGCCAUCCUGUGGCUCCCUCCGGGGCUCUACCAGUGUCCACACAGUGAGAGCUUAUGGCCAGCUAUAGCAGACUGGCUAUGUCAGCAUGCCAAUAGAUUAACUUCCUAGCCUCUGUCAAUAAAACCAAAGGAAGCA